UCACACUGCACAAUUGCAAUCAACGAGAAAAGAAACGAGCGAAUUGCAACGAGCAGGCGAAAAAUCACAAAAAGCGGAAAAUCACAACAAUCGUGGGUGCAAACGAAACGGAAACGAAACUGCGAGGAGAGGGAAGUCACGGUAUAUAAUCGGAUGGACCGGCAGUGAAACCCCGUAAAGCAGAGGCGCACUUGGCGCGUUUCGAAGGGGGAAAUCGCGUUGCGUUCUUUUCCAAUUCCGAUUCCGAUUCCAAAACCAAACCAAUCCAAUCCCCACACACAUAUACAUAUACCAACACAAACACACAGACACGCGCGCGCAUACAGUGAACGAGUGAAAGUGCAUCUACAUCUGUGAUUUCGUAUAUAAUAAUGCGUCGCGCAUACGCGGAUUUGGCCAGCAGUAGGAGCACCAAAGACUAACAAGUGAUUCGGAGAUCCGGGGAUUGAGUUGGUUGGGCUAAUUGCCCACUACCCCCGCUUUCCACGUGAAAUGGCCGAUCAGGUGGCGCACACCAAAGAAACGGACGCGGAUGAGCCGCUGGUCAAUGGCGUAGUACUGCCAUCGGAGGAGGCGCCUUCCUGCUGCCAUGUGAUGUCCUUGUCCUCCAUGGACGUGGAUGCGGAUGUGGAUGUGGAUACCACAUCCACAUCCUCCUGCGUCGCCACUUCCCAGCUAAAUCCGUCGCCACCGCCUGUUGGUGUCCAACAGGCGAAGCCGGCACGGAGCAGCACACCGCCAUGCCAUCUUUUGGAGCGUCUCAACUUUCCCGAGGGCAACAUUAUAAAUACGCUGCACACGAUCCUCGCUCUGCCACCGUUUGAUCCUUAUGCCCCCGCUCCCAAAGCGGAAACGGUCUACAAAGAGGUAGUAUCGCUGAUGCAGUGGAGCCAACGUGAGGAUAAUGCCAUCGAGCUGGAGCUUAGUGAUAAGCUGCUUCACGAGUGCAAGCACAAGAGCGGCGAUCCUAACGAUGAGACGCGGUCGUAUUUGAUGGCCAUUGAGAACAUGCGUCUGUUCUCCGAGGAUCCAAAGAAUCCACUGCGUGAUGCCGACGGACAGCUGCGUGCAAUUACGCUUUAUUUCCAGAAUCUUGCCUUCAUAUUUGUGAAGCACCGGAAGGAGGAGUUCUUCACGUUUUGUUCCUGCAAGGAAUGUCUCGAAUACCGCGAAACCAUCAUGGCUAUCAUGAUGGAUCAAUUUAAGGCUGCACACAUGGUGGUCAUGUUGCUAGACGUACUGAUCAAGGCCUACAGCCCCAUGUUGAAAAACGAUGCUGCCUACAAUAAGUUUGAGAAGCUGCUUGAGUGCAACAAGGAAAUCUAUUGGAUAACAAGCGGCUACCUCUACGACAAAAAUGCCGAAUAUCUUGAUUUUAUUGAUGACACAGCGAUCUCCGAUAAUAUGAUAUUAGUGCUUUUCAGCGCCAUUCUAAUGGCAAACAAUCCGAUGCUGUUGCUACAAAUACUCGCCUAUAAUGUGGAAUGCAUUGUGAAGGCAUUCUCCGAGGGCAUGAUCGAAAUUGCUCAGAAUAUUCAGGAGAACGAGAAAAUUUCCGCAGAAAGGAUGCUGACAUACAUUCUUGACGGCUAUUCCGAUCUGAAUUGCAUCUCGCAGAAAAUAUCCCUCAGCCUUUUUGCGUUUGAGAACGAUUUCCUGCGCAAAUUUAAGCUCUCGUGGGUUCUCCUGUGCCAGCGUCUUUUCCAGCAACAUGUGUUCACACCUCUGGGGGAUACCAUGCUAGCCUGUAUCCUAUCGUUGAAGGAUGCAGCUCCAUCGGCCCACACGACAGCGCUGAUUAAGCGGGUCAUGCUGUUCGACGAACAUAUGCACUCCAUUGAGAGGCGUUGGACGGAUAUCUGGAUCGAGCUGAACAAGUUCAACUUGUCGCCCACGGAGCACGAGCGCCGGAUGGGCCUGCUGGAUGUGUACAACAUAUUCGACAAGGUCGUCCUGGACGCCACCUCGUUCUCGCUGCCGGAUAUUAGCGACGAUGAGUUUAUUGACUUCCAGCGCAUCGUGGAUCGGCAGCUAGCCUGGAAAAACAUUAUGGCCUUUACGAAGCUAAAGUGGCCCGAUGGUUUCUACGACCCGCCCAAUAAGCUAGUGCAUGAGGAUCUCUGCAAGAAGUGCAAUUCACUUCUCGAGCACCAUAACGAGAACUGCAAAUGCAUCACUUGCUCCAUCGCCGGCACUCCUUUGCGACCGCGACAAGCGGGCCAUUGUGCCAAGUGCACAACGCUCGGCAUUGUCGAGAAGGAUCCGAAGCUGAUGAAGUCGAAGAUUCUAAGCACAUGCACCAGUGACGAGGCUAAGCACAAUGCCGCUAUGGCAGCCACCACGAGCUCCUCAUCCGCUCAGCAGCAGCGUCGGACCUGCGAUCUACCGGAGGAUGAAUCACCAACUGGAAGCAGCAGCAGCGGAUCAGUUUUCCGGAGACAGGCGGAGUCGUCCGAUACUCUUCGUACCACAUAUCACAUUGCAUGGGCGGUAUUUCAGCACCUGACCACCAGAAAGCGCUACCGUCACGAAUCGAUCGAGGCGCAGUUCUUCUGCGGCGAGAACUGCCGGGUAUCAGCCUGCCAGCUGGCCAGGAAAAUUCUCGCCAACCAGUUGUCGCCGCCUCUAACGAAGUAUCUGCUGCGCUGCUUCCAACCGCUGUCGUUCACUAGGGAAGAGCUGCGCUCUACGCUACCCUCGCUUAUGUUUUUCAACCGGAAGCUAGCUCCUAGUCCUGCUGAACUGCAGGAACUGAGAAACCAGCACUAUGUGUACAAAACAUACUGGACCUUUGUUCUUUCCAUCUACGCCAACUUCUUUGUCAAAUUCAACUCGAGCAGUACGGACUUCGGUCACCUGGAGCUGCUAAAAGGGGAUUUACGUCUGCGGAUGAAUAGCGUGGUAGGCGACAAGGACGAUGGUCGGUUUGAACAGUUUCUGGCCCAAGUUAUUGGAUACUCACCUUUUAAAAUCACUGAUGAUUUCACGUUAGGUGAUGCCAAUAUAGAGAAGAUGCAGUUUGGAGUUGAUCAGCUUAUGAUGCUGCACGAUUCUCAAAUAAUAAAACGCACUAAACCAGAUAGCACUACAGGCCUAACAGGUGCCAAAGCUAAGACAGGUGAAUCGAACUUGUCGCAAUCAGGAGGACGAAAUGGUGAUGCAGGUGUGAACAAGAAGAGCAAGGAGAAGAUGCGCAAAUGCUGUGCUGACUACGCGGAUAUUGGUGAGCCCUGUAAGGAGAAUCACUCAAAAAAACGUGUUAAAAAGGAGUGCAACCAUGCGCGCUUUAACGAGACCCGUGAUCGAUUGCGUAAGAAGCUCUCUCAGAUUGUCAAUGACCGGAAGACAAAGACCACGGAGGAGGCAACGGUGAAAACCAGCAUGCCAGAGCCUGCUGUUCCCGCGCCAGCAGCAAUCCCACCGAAGCGGCCACCAAAGGCCGAAACCCUUCCGCCGAAUCAGCCACCCAGUUUAAAAGUGUUCGCCACGGCACAGUUACAGUCGCCCAGCAAUCCGAAGAAGGUGCCUCCAGCCGCAGCGGCGGCUGCAGCGGCAGCUCUUAAUGAAAUUGGCGACCAGGAGGAGCAAGAUGGCGACAACAGUCUGCUGCGCUUGGAUAGUCUCUGCAAGAGGCUCCAGAUGCACACAGAUGCCACGGAUGCCUCGGCUGCGGCAACUGCUGCCGAGGCUGCAGCUGCUGUGGCCGCUUUUAAACGUGGAGGCGGCUUUCCUGCGGACUAUAGUAAGGAGGAUAUGAUGCAGGACUUUGCCGAGUUCCUGGGAACUUAUACCUAUACCCGUGAACAAGACCAACAGCGCUGGAUAAACGAUACUCUCAACUUUAUUGAGGGCAAGUCCCAGCAGCCGCAAACCGCGAAUCCCAAGAAAGCGGCUAAGAAGGCCAAACAGAAGAUGCGCAAGGAGGAGGAAAAGCGAAUCAAAGAAUUGGAGGAUCUGCGUAGCCAGUUUUUAGACAUAUACUUUAAGGAGUUCAUUGGAAAGAACGAGAUGAAGGGUCUGACGGCUGCAGGCAGCCGGAAAAGGGACAAGAAACGUAUUGGAGAGCUGGAGGCGAAUAUUAAGAACCUACAGCGGGCCAAGGGCAAAGUGGAGACAGUGAUCCUCGAGCUUAUUGCCACCGUCAAGCAGACGAACAAUGAGUUCAAGUUUUCCUACCUGCCAACCAAGCAACAACAGCUAGCCAAGUUGGCACAAGUUGAGGAUGGAGGAUCAUCCGAUACCACUAACGAAACUGUUAAACAAUCACCGCCACAACCUGCGCCACAGUAUCCCGAGUUAAACAGUAGCACCUCGUUUUAUUCACCGCCAGUACUCGGACAGCCGAAUACGCCAGUAUGUUUUGCUCCUCCCCAGCAGUCGCAACAUCCGCCUCAGCUCUCACGGGAUGUGAUUGCCGCCAUGGCGGCCAACUCCAUCACUGCCGAUCCCUCCAAGAGAAUUGUCACCAUACGUCGAGUCCAGCUGCCUCAUCCGGGGGCUGAGCAGCAGGUCACCGUGGUGGCCAAAGGAAGUGCACCGCACGAGGACAAGUUGCUGUACACAUUUGUUAAUGGACACAUGGUGGCUUCCGGUCCGGUUCAGCCGGAAGAAACGGCUCUUCCGCCUGUCCAAAUUCCAGGUCCAGCGCCCAGUGUUCCUGAAAAGAGUGCCAAGGCCAAGAAGAAAGAGGCUAAGCGAGCGGCAGCUGCAGCAGCGGCGGAGGCAGCAGCAGCAGCUGCUGCAGCGGCAGCGGCAACGGCUCAACAAGAAGCCAAGAUGAAGAACAAAAAGCAGACGAAGAAAGCUGCUGUUUCUGUGACCACCGCAUCCAGUUCCAUCGCGAGCAGUAGCUCAUCCAAGUCCCAGACGCCACAGAGCACGCGAGAGAGUUCGGUGUGCAGUGUGAAGCCAAAGACUGCACCCAAGAAACCGACUGCUAAGCCACCGAAGUUAGUGGAAGUAGCGCCAACGCCUGUUCCAGAACCGAUACCGGAACCACCGAAGAGGCAGAAGCGUCUGAAGUCGAGGCUGGAUCCUGGGCAGUUGGAUAAUAAUCCCUUCAAGUCCCUGCACAUGCAAGAUUCGUCGGAGGGCGAAUGGGAAACUGGCAGUGAGUCAGAAGACGUCGAGGAAACCCCAGCACCAGCGCCGGCGCCAAUCAGGCAUCAGCCUAAACUGCCAGCUGCUCCAUCGCCCAAACUAGUUGCUCCACCAGUGGUCACAAAACCCAAGCCAGCAGCUGCACCAACUGCAACAACUGUCAAGAAGGUGAAGCAACAGGAGGCUCCGCAGAAGCAACAGACGUCCCAACCCGCUAAGGUGCAGCCCCAGUCAAGGAGCAAACCGACGUCUGCUUCCGGUGGCAAGUCGAAUCCGCCACAAAAACAACAACAGUAUCAACAGGAGAAGGUGUCGACUACAAAGACCCAGGCGCAGCGUCCAACGGAAUCCGCGAGGAAGCAAAAGCAGGCUCCUGGAAAUCUCGAAUCUAAUCGCUGCGUUCAGAACCAGGCAACUUCCCAAACGCAGCAGCAAUCGCGAGGUGGUCGGGGCAAUGGUCGAGCGAAGGCCUCAACUAGCAGCCAACAGCAGCCAGUCCCGCAGCACUCCAACCCCCAUCCAGCUGAGGCCAGCGCUCCUCCAAAGAGAUCACAACGUGGCAAGCGGGGUCAUCGGCAAAAGCAGGAGGAUCUCUCCGGCAUUCCACACAAUAUGGGCUAUUUCAAUCCCAACGAAGUUGCCAUACCUCCGCCGCAGACGGGAAGCUAUGCGAGCACCCUGGCCCAGCAGAUGCAGAACCUACGCAUUGGCCAGUCAGGUAGCAAUUCCAGCUCAAAGCAGCCACAGCAGUCUCCUAACUGCAGCAUCAUGGACCAACUGAAUCGGGGUGUUCAGGUGGAACACCUUUCCUUGCCGCCUGGCAUCACGCUUACAAAGGUAGAUCCGGCUAAGAGCGAGCAGUUGCGCCAAAAGAGCGAAUCGAUCCGGCUGCUAUCCCAGCCUUUGGCAGAGCAACAACAGCAGGAAGCGCAGCAGCAUCACUUCCAGCCGUCCUCCCAUCUCCUAGCUGGCUACUAUGGAGCAGCUGGUGCCGCUGGCAUGGAUCCUAACGGUGUUAUCAUGGUAGAGGCUAAUCCGCGUCCAAUUCGCAAUAGCCAAGCUCCGACGGUCCCGCCAAAUGUGGCGACAGCAGCAGCAGCGGCAAGUGCUAGUGGAAAAUCCUCCAGGCGUCGCCGUCGCAACCGUGGUAAAUCUGGUAGUGGAAGCAGCGGAAACAUUGGCAGUUCUGGAGCGGUCAACAAGCAACAAUCGCGAGGAGGCAACGGAUCGGGAACAGGAGUCGGGGAUAGCCAGAAAUCCACCGUCUCGCCAAUCAGUGUAGCAACUAUCGAAACUAAUGCCAGUGGUAAUAUUAUCACACUGCGGAAUCCCAUGUUCCACCAGGGCAAUGGGCCAGUAGCUAGCGGAGGCAUGAUGCCACCCAAUCCAAACCCAAUGCCUCCAGUGCGAAACUUUGGUGCUGGUCUCCCUGUUGCUCCACCUAUGGCCAUGGAUCAACCUGCCGCAAUCAUCAAGAAUGAGAAUGGCAUGUUCACCAUACGCAACCCGGCGCUUCAUCAAGCUGUAACCAAUGGCUUGGCCAUGGGCGGUUACCGGCAGUUCGGCAGCAAUGUCAACUACUAUACGCCCCAGGAGGCAGUGGCGGAAGCGGCGCGAGCCACUCAGCAAAAGCAGACGCAACAGCAAAAUAGUGCUAGCAGCAGCAAUACCUCCAAUUUCUCUUACUUCUCCAGUGGAUCCGCAAGUGGUAACAGCGGCGGCAGCAGUAACGGUGGCAACGGAACGCACAACAAUAUCAGUAUUAGCUGUACCAACGUUCCCCCGGGCAACACCGAAAGCGGAGGCAACAGUCCCGGCAGAUUAAUUGGCGAGGCAGCAGUGAUUGCCCGUCCCAAGCAAUCGCAGAAAUGUCUAUCGGCCAUUGGCAGUGAGCUGAAACAAAAAGCCAAGGACAGCAAGUGGCCAAGCUUUGGUCAGCAGCAACAGCAACCGACGGCAGAUUACAAUUCGAGUGGAACUGGAGGGGGUGUUCCUCUACAGGAGCAGUACCAACAGUCGAGCUACUAUAAUGGCUUUGAAGUGUUUUCAGCAGCUGCAGCUGCCGCUUCACAGGCGCCUGGAAGCGGCGGUGGAUCGAGCGAAUGCCACAUGCAUCACAAUUCUGGCGACGACUCUCCGCCGCCGACCAUCACCGGUUUCAAUUCCUACCUGGAGGGCAUUCCAAACACUGGAGUCAUUCGCUACGACGACGCCGCCUUCCUUAAGAAUUUGAUACCGGGACAGCAUCUCAACAACGAGGUCUCCAUACAUAAUAUAUCGGAGUCUAACUUCACGCGCAACAACGCGUCGCCGUCGCCGCACCACGUUGAGAUAACCAGCGUGUUUAGCAACCGACUGCGCUCCUCGAACGCCUACGAUCCGCAGCAGCAGCAACCGCAGCCGGCGGGUGUCGGUCCAGGUGCCAACUACUGCGACAGCGUAGCCGCCGACUAUGGCACUGAUUCCCACCUCUUUGUGCAGAACAAUCUGCUGACACGAAUGCCACAACCGCCGGCGCCUCCAGAUCCUUUUGGCUAUGAUUUUGAUCCAUCGGUGGGGCCGGGAGGUGGAUCUAAGGCGGCCAGUGUGGCCAGCGACCUGAACGAAUUCCUGCGCCGCAGUCCGCUAAGUCAGCGAACCUCGCCCUAUGGCCAGGACGAAAGUGCCGCCGCCCUGGAAACGUUCGUCCAGAACAUGAGUGCGCUGCAGAUCGCGAGCGAUGCCGAGCAGUGCUCGCGGCUUAAUGGGGCGGUUUCUGGUGGGGGACCUAGCGAUCUUCCAUCGGCGGAUGCCACUGCCGGUGGAGGGGCAGCCAAUGCGGCCGCUGCCUGGUGGUGAGCCACAUGACAAGAGGUGCUGUACGGCCAGCAGGAUUGAUUUGCACUCCUUACAUUCAUCCCACUCUCACAUACGCAGACAUUUCAUCGAUAGGGCUGAAAUACGAUAAUUGAAAAACAAAAACGAAACAUAAAAAACAAAAAACAGAAAACGCAUCCAAGAAAUCAUUCAAAAUGGCUUAGGAGUCAAUUUCAAUGUUUCAACAAAAAACAGAAAAAUAAAGAAAAAAUAAACUUAAAUGGAAGUUAAA